CUAGGAUUCUACAAACAGCUUCCAGAACCUCUAUCCAGCGAAGAAUGCCGACGACUUCAAUAUCGAAGAAAAAGCGACUCAGUCAAAAAACGAGUUAAACAAAAUUUUGCUAACAUAUGUGACGCACAAGUGUCCGACGCCAUCCGACAAUGGCUUCGAAUGCCAACGUUCGACGCACGGCCUUGGGAAGACGAAGAACUUUUGCUUCUUCUGCAACAAAUGUACUUGGACCAUGAUCUCUGUUCGAAGUUCGCCAUCGAUAUCACAACCUUAAGAAACUUCUUAUAUGAAACGUACAAAAACUACAACGAUGUGCCAUUUCACAAUUUUCGCCACUGCUUUUGUGUCGCACAAAUGAUGUACGCAAUUUCAUGGUGCGUUGAUCUUCCAUCAAAGAUAGGUGAUCUUGAGGUUCUUAUUCUUUUAACCUCUUGCAUUUGCCAUGACCUCGACCAUCCAGGAUAUAACAAUAUCUAUCAGAUUAAUGCUAAAACUGAAUUAGCUAUUCGCUACAACGACAUCUCACCAUUGGAGAACCAUCAUUGUAGUGUAGCCUUCAGGAUAUUGGAAAAUGAUGACUGCAAUAUUUUUAAAUCAUUCAGUAGUGAUGAUUUUAAACAAGUUAGGGAGGGAAUGAUAAGAUGCAUAUUGGCUACUGAUAUGGCGAGACAUAAUGAAAUAUUAACUAACUUCAAAGAAAUAGUACCAACUUUUAAUUAUAUCGAUAAAGCACAUGUCAAUUUGUUAUGCAUGGUACUAAUCAAAGUAUCGGACAUAUCCAACGAAGCCAGGCCUAUGGACGUUGCUGAACCUUGGCUAGAUAAACUUCCUCCAGGAAUUCUUCAAGCAAAGCGACGCUGAAAAAUUGGAGGGUUUGCCAGUUACGCCGUUCAUGGACCGUGAAAAAAUUACAAAGCCCUCCUCCCAAUGCUCUUUUAUCGGAUUUGUGCUUUUGCCCUUAUUCGAGGCUCUCGGAGAACUGUUUAUCGAAUUGCAGGACUUGAUAAUUCAGCCUGUACGAGACGCAUUAGACUACUAUAGAAGACUUAAUGAAGCAACGAGGGAAGAAAGACUGCAUCGAAAAAGUAUAGUAGAAACAACACUAGCCGAUCAUAGUCCAUCGUCUCAAAGUCCGGACAGUGGAUCGAAUGUGCCAAAGUCGAACUCUAAUUCAAACGUCAAAAUGAAGAAGAGUCUAAGUUUCCAGCAAACUAGAUCAAGAUCUCGUUCAACAGACGAAGAAGUAACAGAAAACGAUUUACCUACAGUACUUGGAGAGGGUCAAAGUCUUGAAGACGUUCAAGAGGAUCCUGAAAGUGGGGACUCAGAAACGGCAAACGAGGUUGAAGUUUCUGAGAAAACUUUAAAAUUCAAAAUAUCCACAGAGAGCACCAUCACGACCACUGGUAGGAAAAGUUAUCCAGGUUCGCGAAAGGGAAGCAGGGAGAGAGUCCAGCAUCUCAAUCAUUCGGAAAUAGCUAAGAUGGUAGCUAAGGGAAAAUUGAGGUGUGGCGGUCUCAGUUUCGAUCAACACUGUUUAGUGGGUAACAAAAAGCUGUCAUUCGAUCCUCCAGAAUUCCUCGAUGAGUAUGCAUUGACCUUAAGAAAGAAGUUUGCUGAACGUUCAGAAGCUAACCAAUCAGACUCAGAGGAAGAUCGACAAGAUCAAGAGGACGCCGAAUACGUCGUGUCCAAAGAAACCCUAAAUCUAAAUAAAAGAAACUCAGAACAUUCCGUUAAAGGUCCCACGCUUAUAGACGAGAAGAAAAGUAUUUUAAAGUGCAGUGAAAAGACUUAUUCAAACGAACAAAAUUUAAAAGCUAACAAUGUGCAACAAAACGUUGGUCAUGACCAAGGCGCUACUACCAAAGAAGAUAUCUUGUGUACAAAUAACACGAGAAGAAAUAGUAUUACUUGUGCGGAACAACAAGUAGGUGAUAACAGUAUUUUUGUGCAAAAGGACGAUGCUAAAUCGAGCAGAUCGAUCUUAUCGCGAUUCAGACAGUUUACUGAUAGACUUGGGUUAUCAGACAAAGAAACUAAAGUGAAAAGUGUGAAAGCAGCUACUAAGAAUAACAAUUGUUCGAAAAGUACUCCACAGAAAGGCAAGAAAAAACAUGAUAUUGCAUGUUGCAAACUGGAUGAUGCUAAGAAAGCCAGUACCCUGCCAAAAAUAAAAGGGCGUAGUAAGAAAACAUGGAAAUUAUUUGUAGGAAAAGAGAAGAAUUGGGCAUCGGACGCAGCAGUUGACGAACUUGAUUUGGACAAUCAGUCUCUUCCUUCUACUUCACAGGUUCAAAGCAACUGCGCUAGUCCAAAAUUAGGUACCGUAAAAAGUGAGCUGUCGCUACGUAAAGAGUCUCCCACAGACAACAAUGUUGUGAACAAAUGUAUAACCAAAUUACAAGAAAUAAAAAAUGAUGAAGUGUUAGUCGUUAACGAAAAGGACCAGACCCUAAUUUGA